GAUUCUCUCUCCCUGUGUGUGUAUAUGUAUAUUUAUAUAUACACGCAUACAUAUGUGUGUGUGUGUGUAUCUAAGUCUAAUUCUAAUUGUAGAGAUAGAUAUGCCAUAGCUAGCUGGUUUUAAAGUCUUGUCUUUGCCUGAACAUGAAGUCUGAACCCUCCCAUCUCUUCUGCAGCCGGGACGCUUCCAUGGAGAGCGGCUUCUCUUCCCCUAGGACCGACGCCUUCCCGGCCGGUCUCCGUGUUCUCGUCGUCGACGACGAUUUGGCCUGGCUCCGAAUCCUCGAGAAGAUGCUCAAGAAGUGUUCUUACGAAGUGACUACAUGUUGUCUGGCAAGAGAGGCCUUGGACUUGCUUCGUGAAAGAAAGGAUGGGUUUGACAUUGUAAUCAGCGAUGUUAACAUGCCUGACAUGGAUGGAUUUAAGCUUCUUGAGCAUGUUGGACUUGAGAUGGAUCUCCCUGUCAUUAUGAUGUCUGUUGAUGGUGAAACAAGCAGGGUGAUGAGAGGAGUUCAGCAUGGGGCCUGUGAUUAUCUUCUUAAGCCCAUAAGAAUGAAAGAGCUUCGUAAUAUAUGGCAGCAUGUCUUUAGGAAAAGGAUACAUGAAGUGAGAGAUAUUGAAAGUCAUGAAAGUUUUGAAGAAUUACAUAUGAUGAUGAGACAUGGAUCAGACCAAUCUGAUGAUGGGCACUUCCUUAUUGGAUGUGAAGUGACUUCAGGAAAGAAACGAAAAGAUGUUGAAAACAAACACGACAACAAAGACUUUGGUGAUCCAUCUUCGGUGAAGAAAGCUAGAGUAGUUUGGACUGUAGAUCUCCAUCAGAAAUUUGUCAAAGCUGUAAAUCAGAUUGGAUUUGAUAAAGUUGGUCCUAAAAAAAUUCUGGACUUGAUGAGUGUGCCAUGGUUGACAAGAGAAAAUGUAGCUAGCCACUUGCAGAAGUAUCGCCUCUACUUGAGUAGGUUACAAAAGGAAAAUGAGCUAAAAGCUUCUUUGUGUGGGAUAAAGCAAACAGAGCCAUCUUCAAAAGACCCUGAUGGAAGUCUUGGCCUUCAGAAUUCAAUCACUAUGCAACAGAAUGAUGCUGCUUCUGGAAUCUAUGGAAUAUCUGGAACUAAGACCAUUGUACAAAAUGUUGAUUCCAAAAUCCUUGAAGGUGAUCUCAAAGGUAUUGUUUCAUUACCAAUGAUAGAAACCAAGAAAGCUCUGCAUAAUGAUAUACCUGAUCCUUCAAGGGCCAGCAGUUCAAGGACAAGCUUCAGUCAUUCUAGUGGAUCACUGGAACCAGAUGUAAAGUAUGCAAAAUUUGAUUCUGGUGUCCCAAAGCAGUACUCUUUAAAUGAACUUCCAGAAAUUCAGUUCAAGCACAAACAAAAGGCACACCUUGAGUUAGAGAAUGGCUUCAACCAUCUUCCACUGCCUGGUAUCCAGCAUCACAUGCAAGUUGAUUGCAUUCAGCCCACUUCAUCUGUGAGUUCCAGACCUUUUAACACUGACAUAGCCAAACCAGCAUGCAUGGAAAUCAAGCCUUUCGAUGCCAGUUGCAGAGACCAACAAAUAAGGCAAGUAACUUCCUUAAGAAGCACUAUUCCGGUUCAGUCAGAGGGCCUCAUGACAAGUUUACAUAAUUGUGAGCCGAUUCUUGGAACUACAUUGAGCAUUAAGAAUCAUGCCUUAGAUCAGAUUUUCGUAAAUGGUCUUGAAUCUGCCCAAAGAAACCUAAUUUCUGGAACUUCAAGUUUUCCAUCUUCAGAUGAAAACCUCAUCACUUGUUUGCUUCAAGGUGAUUGUUACACGACAAAUGUGGGACCCCUGAGCAAAGAGUCUUUUAAUCAAAACCAUCCAGACCUCUUUGCUGAAACUCCAGCAAACCUGUAUGAGGCGCUGAGGUUCGACCAUGAGUAUCCUUGGGAAUCAGUAGAAUAUCCGGUGAUGGAUCAAGGUCUAUUUAUUGUCUGAGUAAUCCAUGGGAGCGUUACUUGCUAGAUAUCUCCAAAAAGGCAAGUGACUAUUUUCUUCCAUUGAAUUGAUAUGUAAGCCAAGUAUUUCAACUUGAUGGACUGGGAUGUAUUCCCUAUCAAUUUGGUCAUGUUGAAAAGUUUAUAAUGGGAGUGGUGGCAAAUAUUAAGCAAUAAGCAAGUUUCCAGGAAGUACUUGGAAUAGAUGAGACAUGCCUAUGGUGCUCUGUAGAUAUGUACGUUUGCGUGUUUGUUUGCUCAUAUAACCCCUCACAAAUUUUGUGGAAAAGUUGAUAGUUGUCAAAGUAAUUGAGCACUAGAUCUAGAUGCAUCUUAAGACAGCUGGUCAAUAACUUGAGUCAUGGUACUUUCGACCCUUCUAAUUUCAGUUGGCAAAACUAGGGUUAGCAAGUAAUGUGUUGUAUAGAGGAGAAAAUACUGAAGUAUUUAACCAUAAUACACACGCAUACAAACGGGUUCAAAACCACAUACAAAGAUCAGCUAUCAGGUAAAAUAUAUCGACAAAACACAGAGAAGUAUCCAAUUCAGAAAUGCU